GUAGUUUCGCUGAUCUCGCUGGUCGUGCAUGUCAAUUGCUCCCACUGUCGGGAAGAGCGUGUGUGGGUCCGGGAUUUCGCGACUAGAACUGCCUAAAAUACCUACCGACCUUUUGGGUAACUUUUCUGACGCUGGGUAUCUGUUCCGGGAAGGAAGUCCUUGUCCGGAGGCCGGACACCGCAAGGGGUUACCAUUGGACGUUGAGCGAUCUGACCACGUUCAGAAGGGUACUAGACCGAACUCUGCGCAAGCGUUGGGUUGGCGAUAAACGACGAUUGCGCUAUGAAUACGACCAAAGAGCGACUAUCCGACGGUAUUGCCACUCCUGAAGAUAACAAACAUCUACCCGACCUCCGACAAGGAGCCGUGGAGUCCCGACAAGGGCGGAUAAGAGGCAUUGCACGUCUUUACGAAUCAUUACUGUUUGAGUUAUAUAUCCGCGAGCGGGAUCUUGAAAACGGGGUCACCAAUGGAGGGACAGAUGCGGCGACUGUGGAGAGGAAUGAUGCUGGUUUCAAGGAGUUCUGCUCUGGAUAUCCUUUGUUGAGCGAGGAGCUUUCUCGGUUCUUGGACGGAGAAGAAUUUGUGUCUGGCACUCAACUGCAUGACCCGAGUACCCGGAACGGGCUCGAAGAUACAGCGGCGAGACAUGAAGGAGAACCUCCCUCGGAGGAUAGCACCAGUGGCAACUCUAUUCCGGCUGGUCGUAGAAGGCCCCUUCCGCCUCCGGAGAGGAUGGUCACUCGCGGAAUCUCGGCAAAGAAGCUGGCGCCAAAUGGAGAGGGAGGAUCCGAGUCAGCUCCGACAAGUGCCCAUCCCGCGUCCCCCACUGCACCACCCGUAGUAUCCGCCCCAUCCCCGUCUACAAAACGCAGAAACUCCGUUUACCAAAAGGCGCACCCACCAGAUGCCACUCCCGCGGCCCCACCCGCAAAGGUGCAACGUACAACACCGCGAAGCCGGGAAACAAGGCAAUAUAACCGGAAGAAAAAACCUCUGAAGCCGAUUUUCUUGGCCCCAGAGACCGAUACGCAGUUGAAGGGCUAUCGGUGGUAUGAAUGGCAGCUUCGUGUGCAAGCACAACCGAUCGGCAAUCUGCUCCCCACUGCCCACAAGUGUCUCAGUACUUGGGACUGGCAGGCAGCGCGAAAUGAAUCUCAGCAGCUUAGCCUGCUGGCCAGGGUCGAACAGCUGAAAGAGAAGAACCUGUGGAGUUUCCGACAGUUGCGACCAUUCGAGCCACCAGCACGGAAAAAAACUCAUUGGGAUUCAUUGCUCGAAGAGAUGAGAUGGAUGCGGACAGAUUUCCGUCAGGAACGGAAGUGGAAGAUUGCUCUAGCAUACACCAUCGGGCAGCUCGUCUUGGAAUGGCAUGCGGCGCCGGACAAACGCGUGGUUUGCAUCCGCCGUCGCUCUGAGCAACAGGAGCCGAGUGCGCCUGGAGUCAGUACAAGCAUGAAUGUCGAAGGGAGUCCAGAAGCAGGGGAAGGGCACGCAAUAGACACAACAUUGCCUAGUCCAAGCGUCAGUGAAGCGAUGGAUGACUUCCCAGAAGGUUUACCUCCUUUGUACAUGGCUCCCAACACAAUCUGGCAGACCUACGAUGAUUCCAACCCGGAGCAACAGGAAUUGCCUAUCUAUAGGCCAUUUGGUGACGGCGAGUUAUAUGAUGAUGAGACGCAGCACAAGACUGUUGUGCCAGUCUCUGCGUUGAUCGUCGAACGAAGGGUCAUCAAAGAUGAGUCCCCGUGGACGUCAGAGGAUGCAGACGCACGACGGGGAUCGGUCGAGAGCACCGCCCCAAUCUCGUCUCUGUUCGGGAAAUCCGCCACAGAACCAAUACCACCGCCGAUGCUCGUCCCUCAACCCAAAUCAUUAGAGCAGAAUCCCGAAUGGACGCCCGCAGAAGACGCAGAUUUGCUCGCAUCGGCGCCUUUGUACAGAUUCAAUUGGACCGUUGUCAGCGAUAUUAUACAUACGCAACAACUCGUGAAAGCUCCUCAGCGCCGAAACGAAUGGGACUGUUUCUUCCGGUACAAGGAGCUCAUCGCCAGUCAAUCGGGAAGUCAAUUGACCACCGAUGGGACCGGUGCUACCAACGAGUCCUGGUUAGCGACAAGUCUAACGUCACAGGCCACGGACGCUAAGAUCACGAAGCAUCUCAUGACCAUGGAGAACAUUCGGAAAUUGAGCAAAAACAAGGAUCGGUAUAGGCCGCCAGCAGACCGGAAACCGCCUGCGAAGAUCAUUCUCAGCACGCAUGAAACACAUUACCAAGCGCAAGCUAUGGCAGGCAUCGAUCUGAACGGACCGCCACUGCCUCCUUCAGAGCUAUCGAUUCUGAGACGCAACCGGCUGCAGGCGCAGGAACAAGGCCGUCAGAUGUACACCGCACAGGCACGAGGGGGGAUGUUACCCGUUCGUGGCCCCGCGGCGUCGGUACCCAUUCCGUAUCCACAGUACAGGCCCCGCCCAGUACCCGCUGGAAACGUGGUGCAUGGGAUGCCCGUAGCACCUGUCGCAGGCCAACCGAUGCAGGUGCCAGUCGCUGUUGCAGCCAGCCAAUCACCAAUGCAAAUGCGGCCCGCCAACAGCAGCGCCGGUGGCUGCACACAUGGCGGCAUCGCCUCAGAGUGCUGCCGGGCUGAAUGGGGCACCAGCAUCGGCGGUGCAAGACCAGUUCUUGCGAGCUGCGGUGUUACGUCAUCAGCAACAAAUAAUCGCUGGUUCCCCACAACAGCGGCCAGGGAUGUCCCCUCAGGGCAUGGCACCCAUGCAACAAAUGCUGGGUGUAGGCGCGUCGUCGUCCUCUGGCCCCGCUGGAUCGCAGCCAAUGAGCGCGGCAGCUUUAAGCCAGAGUCAACGAAUGGCCGCAAUGCGGAAAAUGCAGAUGAUGAGUCAACAACAGCAGCAACAGGCACAGUUGCAGUUACAGCGGCAGGCACAAGCGCAACAACAGCAGCAACAAUACCCUCAGCAACAGCAAAUGCAAAUGCAGUCUCACCAAGGAUCUCACUUGUCUCCGUCACAGCAACAGGCGGUCAUGCCUCACCGGCCGACAUCAAGUUCACCGCAGAUGUCACCUGGACAACCGCAAGUGCAAGCGCAGAUCGCGCAACACCUGCAGUUUCAACAACAGCAGUCGGCAGCGUCUCAUCAACUGGCGGCACAGCGUGCUCAGAUAUCAGCGGAUGCGCCCCAUACCGCUGCAGCAUUUGUUGCCUUGCAAAAUGCUCAGCAAGUCGCGAAAAUGGGUCAGAGAUGAUCCAGCAACAAAGGCAAAUCCAGCUCUCUCGGCAACAUGCACAACACGCGCAGGCGCAAGCUCUAGUCCAUGGCCAGCUGCCUCAACAGCUUUCGCAACAAAUACCACUGCAGCACCUGCAACAGCAACAACAGCAACAACAGCGGCAGCAGCAAACAGCACAACAAGUCCUUCUACAAUCACACUCUCAACAAGCACAAGCACAACAUUCGCAAGCACCGCUUCCUCCAGCACCAACCGACCGAACCUUAUCGAUGAGUCCGCCGGCGCCAGCAGCAAGCAUGUCGGCCAACUCCAGCUUUGGUUCGCCUCAACGUCAAGGUCAGCCCUCUCCACGGCCACCAGCUGGGCAACCAUCGCGAGCACCCUCUUCAGAUGCCACUAGUCAAUAAUCCACGCGUCAAGGAACUGAGGGUCGUCCGUGCGGGAUCAGAUAGAAUAUACGGCACGGAGCUGGGUUCCUGUUUUGCGUAGAUAUUACACAAUGCUAUACCACCCAUUCAAAACCACCUAUACUGAAAAGAAAUAAAACCAUACCCUUCCCAG